AUGAAUAUUUCUAAUACUUUGCUUAGUCGUCAUGAUGGAAUACAAUCUCAGGGUCAAUCAAAAUUGCGUUCGUUUAACAGUGGCUCGUACUCCCGUUUAAAUAUGAAAGGUGUUUCAACAAGGAAUUACAAAGGAAAUCACAAAGGUGAGACCAAGUUUGGCAAAUUUUUAUCAUGUGGAAAACUUCAUUCUCGUAAUUCAUGUUCAUUUCGUAAUGCUAAAUGUUUUAGAUGUGGUAAGAUAGGACACAUUCAAACAGUAUGCAAAGCUACUGUUCAUUUUGCCUCAAGUAGUACUAAAUCCUGCAAUUUAGAUCCCAAUAAUUCAUCUGUUCCUAAUGAUCAUUUAUCUUUGUCUACCAUUUCGAAAGGUAAUACUCAUAUUCAAGAUCGAUUAUAUCCAUCUCUUGGUUCAUGUCAUGACUUUAUUGUGGACACAAGCAGCAUAGAGUCCAUUUUUUCAUUCAAGAACUUGGAAUCUUUAGAUCCUAAUGUUGUGGCACUACUCACUGAGGUAUCAAUAUUGGGGAUUACUGGACACAGACUGCCUAUACGAGGAUGUUUUUCUAAAGAAAAUAAUGAUGCUUUACUUAAAGAUUUGAUAGCCACGUGUGCUAAGUGCAGUGGAGAUAUGAAAAUUCAGCCUAUAAAACUUCAAGUACAGGGUGAUCCAGUCAUUCUUAAUAGACGAAUAAUUCCUUAUGGUCUUCGAGAUGCAGUACAUAAGACAUUAAACGAUUUGUGUGCAAAGGGCAUAAUUGAACCGGUUCAGUCUUCAGCAUGGGGUACUCCUAUUGUUACGCCACUGAAAUUGGACGGCAAGACUCCUAGAAUAUGUGGUGACUAUAGAUUAACAUUGAACUCCCAUUUGUUAAAGCAAACAUGUACGACAGUAGAGGCUGAAGAUAUUGUAAAUCGACUUCAUGGUUCUAAAGUGUUCUCGAAAUUUGACCUAAAAGACGCUUAUCUUCAAAUCCCUUUAGAUCAAUCCUCAUCUAUUUUGACGACAAUUAAGACUCCUUUUGGUCUGUUUAAAUACAAUUUCCUUCCAUUUGGUCUAAGUUGUUCUCCAGCUAUAUUUCAGGAAGUCAUGAAUAAUGUAAUUAGUGAUCUUGAGGGCGUUGAAUUUUAUCAAGAUGAUUUGAUUGUCCAUGGUUCUGAUAAGGUAGUUCAUAACCAGAGACUUAUUGCUUCAUUGCGUCGUUUAAUUGAGAAGUAUAUUACAGUGAAUCCAAAUAAGUGUUCAUUUUGUGUAUCUAAUUUCGAAUGUCAUGGAUACCUAGUUGAUGGUCAUGGUUUUGGACCAGAUAUGAAACGACUAGCUCCACUGACAAAUGCACCGUCUCCAAAAGAUCUUACGGAACUACAUUCACUAUUGAGUGCUCUUCAAUACUGUUCCCGUUUUAUUCCUAAUUUUUCUUGUCGUGCAAAUUGUUUAUUUAAUAUUUUGACAUCCAAUUCAUUCAAAUGGGGUGAGGAAAAAGAGUCAAGCUUACGUAGUAUACUAAAGUUUCUUCAAAGUGAUGCUGUUCUUCGGACUUACUCUCCUAGUGUACAGUCUGUGCUUAUUACUGAUGCAUCACCUGUGGGUAUUGGCGCAGUUUUGGAACAGGAAGGUAGAUCAGUUAUUUGUGUUUCACGCAAACUUACCGUUACUGAACAAGGCUAUUCGCAGACUCAGCGAAAAGCAUUAGCUGUGUUUUGGACUGUUAAAAGACUUUAUAAAUAUUUAUUCGGAAAGAAAUUCACUAUUGUUACUGAUCAUGAGGCUUUAAAGUUUAUUUAUCAUCCUGAAGAAGCCUUAGCACGUUCCUCAGCUGCUAUGGUUCAACGAUGGAGUAUUGCUUUGAGUGCCUAUGACUAUACGGUUCAGCACAGAAGUGCCAAACAAAUUCAACAUGUUGACUACAUUUCUCGACAGUCAUUACAAGAUAAACCUGUAAAUACUUCAGACUGUUUGUUAGUGCAACCUUUACCAGUGAAACGUCCAGAUCUCGUUAGAGAAACUCGUAAAUACUUUGGAUGUAUAAUUAAUGCUAUACAGAAAGGUUGGAAUGCUAAUUUGAAACGUAGAUUUCCUAUCUAUUUUUCAAAGCGGGAUGAGCUAUCUACUACUCCUGAUGGUAUUUUGUGUUUAAAUGAUCGUGUUGUUAUUCCUCCUUCAUUGCGUAAAUCUGUCCUAGAAGAUCUUCAUGGUGGACAUUUAGGUGUUGAAAAAAUGAAGUCAUUGGCGAGGCUCACAUGUUGGUGGCCAGAGAUAAAUGCAGAUAUUUGUCGUACAGCAAACAAUUGUGAAAAGUGUCAUAAGCUGAAACAUCAGCAUUCGAAGUGGACUCUAUGGCCAGUAUCGUCUGAGGCCUGGCAGAGAAUUCAUGCAGACUAUUGUGUGGCCUGGAGUUUUUUCACAACUUCACCAAAUUCUGACUUCACAAUUCAAGCAUUAAGAAAGGUGUCUAGUCAAGAAGGGGUUCCAAUGGUGUUAGUGACUGAUAACGGCUCUCAUUUUGCUGUAGAUGCAGUCACUACCUGGUUAAAUGGUAUAGGGUGCAAACAUCUGUUUACUGCUCCCAGACAUCCUUGUUCCAAUGGUCAGGCAGAAAAUUUUGUCAGGACGUUAAAAACUGCUAUUGAUUCUAUUGCCGCCUCAACAUUUAAUGAGCUGGAGAGGGGAGUAGAUACCUUUAUCCUGCAAUAUAGAAAUGCCAGACAUUCGGUGACGAAAGAGACUCCAUCAAAGCUAUUAAAAGGAAUAAUUCUUCGGUCGAAUAUGAGAUGUUUGGAGUCUGCAGAAGUUACAUAUUAUCGUGGCAAUGAUCUUCGACCAUCCACGGGGAUUGUUCUGAAGAAUGUCGGUAAAUCUAUGCUGCGACUUCUAGAUAAUAAUGACUUAAGUACAAACAAUCGACAUGUUGAUCAAAUACAAUUCCAGGAACCACGUGAGUCUGUUCCUAUUUCAUUUGUUAAUUCUAAUACUAAUGAGUGCAUUCUAGAUAAUACAGAGUCUCUAUCCAAUACAUUGUCGGACAGAUACAGUAUGAACUUGAGAAGACGUACAAUUGAUUACAGACACUUAGACUCUAAUUAA